UCGUCCAGUCAACGCAAAUCAGUGCCACAAUCCCAUGCAGCACAAUAACAACAGUCAGCUGUUACAUCACAGCGGCCUCCCCCAACCCUGCAGACCGCCGCCCAGCCGGCAGGACUCCGCCCACAGAGGCUACACACACCCAGAGAUGACCUUUAACCCCUCGGCCAGCCUGGAUGCUCAAGGCAGCUCGGACAUCCUCGAGGCCUCUUUAGAUCUGCUGCCCGACCUGAUGAAUCCGCGUGAUCUUCUGUCGUAUCUGGAUCCUCCAGAUCAUCCCAGCUGCACCAACGACGAUCUGCUGUAUCAGUUUGUCUAUUAGCAGCUCCUCAAUGCUUGACAAACACAAAUGCACUUACAAUCAUCUUCUUCCUGUACAGAUGACAGAUUUCAAAUCCAGCGUGGACAGACGCCGUCCAGGCCGCACUGCUCAAAUGAGCAUUUUGAAACGAGUAAAUGUGUGGUUACGUGUGGGACAAGCAUCCGUCCGCUGUGUAACAAUAUAACACUCAAUGUGAUCGUUUCAGAUGAAUUCUUUGGUUUGUUUUUCCCCAAAAAUGAAAAUUCUGUCAUUAUUUACUCAACCUCGUGUCAUUCCAUAAGCACGUGCUGUUUGUUUGUUCUUUAAAACAAACCUUCUCUGCAUAACGCGGCGGCUCAUUUGAGCUUAUCACGGCACGUUUCGCGGCCGACCCACCGGCCCGCUCGGUCCUCCCGAUGGUCAGUCCGCCCCUGAUCGGCCCCAAAGCCGGAAAAUGCCCUGUAUGCCAGAUUACCUGCAAACCCUGCAAACGCGGCUUAGUUGCGUCAUACAGUUUCGAAACGUUUCGCAGUUUGACACUAGGGGGUGUUGAUGACCCCACAGUGAAAGUUAAAGUGGAGAUUUAGAGUAAGAAAGGACUAAAUAUAUGGCAUUAAAUAAUUCAUAUAAAUAGUUCAUUAAUAUAUAAAUAUAAUUCCUAUAAAUUAUUCAUAUCAUUUAAUUUAUAUAAAAAAAUAUAUAUUUUAAUUUAUAUAAAUAAUUUUAAAUGAAGAAUGGUCAUGUGACCAGCAGGUGUCCUCAGCGUGCAGUCUUUCGAGCGCUCCAGUGAAUCGUUUUGCGAUUGAUUCAACGUUUUGGAAAGCACCGUUUCUCCCAUCACUAACUUUAUGAUAUAUAUAUAUAUGUAUAACUAUAUGAUACAUUACGGUCAUUUUUGGAGCUUGAGGCGAUGUCUCUAUGAAUAUCUUCUAUAGCACGAGUGUUGUUCUGCUGGUUUGGAACAACAUUAGGGUGAAUAAAUAAUGACAGUUCAAGAGUUUCAGGCUGUUGUCUUGCAUCUGUAAGAAUGAUCUCAUAUAAAUAUUUGAGGAUAAUUUUGUACAAUCCCACACAAUGAUUGGCCAUCUGUGUUUCUUCACAACUGUAUUCCCAUGAAUAUUCAUCAUGUGUGAGAGAGGCUGUUCAGAAUGCAAUACUAGCACACUGCCUACCGAACACUGCACAGUUUAUACUAUAUAUAGUGGGUAAAAAGCAGGGGCCAGGCAGGGGCAAGAGAUCAGUCAAUGUUCGGGCAGCUUUUCGGGCUGUGUGUGUGUGUGUGUGUGUGUGUGUGUGUGUGUGUGUGUGUGUGUGUGUGUGUGUGUGUGUGUGUGUGUGUGUGUGUGUGUGUGUGUUAGUGAGUGUGACUGUGUGAGUGUGUGUGUGUGUGUGUGUGUGUGAGUGAGUGAGUGAUUGUGUGUGAGUGUGAGCAUGUAUUUAUCACUUUGUGGGGACCAAAUGUCCCCAUAAGGAUAGUAAAACCCGAAAUUUUUGACCUUGUGGGGACAUUUUGACAUUAUAAGCGGUCCCCAUGAGGAAAACCGCUUAUAAAUCAUACUAAAUUAUGUUUUUUGAAAAUGUAAAAAUGCAGAAAGUUUUUUGUGAGGGUUAGGUUUAGGGGUAGGGUUAGGUUUAGGGGAUAGAAUAUAAAGUUUGUAAAGUAUAAAAACCAUUAUGUCUAUGGAAAGUCCCCAUAAAACAUGGAAACACAACAUGUGUGAGUGUGUGUGUGUGUGAGUGAUUGUGAGUGAGUGAGUGAGUGAGUGUGUGUGUGUGUGUGUGAGUGUGAGUGAGUGAGUGAGUGUGUGUGACUGUGUAUGUAUGUGGGGU